CAUUUCCAUCCCCAAAACCCUUUUUGUCUCGAUCCCCCGAUCCCCUGCUCGCAAAACCCUGCUCCUCCUUUCUCCCUCGCCGGCGGUUCUCAAACUUCGCCUCCACCGGCGCCAAACUCACCGCUCCCUUCGCCGGCAACGUCGUCCUUAGCCUCCUCAAAUACUCAGCAACUUGCUCCUCGAUAGUAGCGAUUGAAGGUUCAGUUAUUAGGAAGAGCAUAGACAAGGAAAGCUUCUGAUAGUGCCACUAAUGGAGGUUAAGAGAGAGUUCAUUGGAUCAGGAUGCAAUCGGAUUGUCAACAACGUCUCAUGGGGCCCAUCUGGGUUGGUUUCCUUUGGUGCUCAGAAUGCAGUUGCCAUCUUCUGCCCUCAGAGAGCUCAAAUUCUAACCACUCUUCCAGGCCACAAAGCCAUUGUUAACUGUACUCAGUGGCUUCCAACUUGCAAAUAUGCAUUCAGAGCUCAACAGCAAGACAAGCAUUAUCUACUCUCAGGGAGCGCUGAUGGUGUCAUCAUGGUGUGGGCAUUGAAUAUCAAAGAGGAAAAGUUUAGCCAUGAAAUGCAAGUGCUGGCGACACAUAAAAAAGGUGUUACAUGUCUUACGGGCUUUAUGGUUUCACAAUCUGUUGCAAUGUUUGCUUCCACUUCAUCGGAUGGCGUUGUUCAUGUAUGGGAACUUGUCUUCCCAUCUAGUAAUGAUGGUAAAUGUAGAAUUUCAUGCUUGGAGUCCUUGCAUGUGGGUUCAAAACCUAUGGUUGCAUUAUCGUUAGCAAGAUUACCUGGAGAUGCUGGGCAUUUAGUUCUGGCAACCGGAGGCUUAGAUCAUAAGGUGCAUCUGUACUGUGGCGAUUCAACUGGGAAGUUUUUUCAUGCUUGUGAGCUAAAAGGGCAUACUGAUUGGAUUCGAAGUUUGGACUUCUCUUUACCCAUUUGUGUAGAUAAUGGAGAGAAAAGACUUUUCCUUGUAAGCUCAUCUCAGGACAAAAGCAUCCGCAUAUGGAAGAUGUCCUUGCAUGUUUCUACUGACAACUCAGAUGUCUCAUACAUGAAAGAAGAUAUCCUGGCAUCUUAUAUUGAAGGCCCAGUACUUCGGGCUGGCUCUAGCUCUUACCAGGUGUCUCUAGAAUCUCUUCUUGUUGGACACGAAGACUGGGUAUAUUCUGUGGAAUGGCAACCUCCUCCUCAUUCAUUAGAUGAUGAGUAUCAGCAGCCUAUGAGCAUCUUAUCUGCAUCGAUGGACAAGACUAUGAUGAUCUGGAGACCGGAGAGAACUACUGGAAUCUGGGUUAACAUGGUGACAGUUGGUGAACUAAGUCAUACUGCAUUGGGUUUUUAUGGUGGUCAUUGGGCCCCAGAUGGCAAGUCGAUUCUUGCUCAUGGAUAUGGAGGGUCUUUUCAUCUGUGGAGAAAUACUGGAGUGGAUUAUGAAAAUUGGCAGCCACAGAAAGUCCCAUGUGGUCAUUUUGCUUCUGUAUCUGAUAUUGCUUGGUCCAAAUCUGGUGAAUAUUUAUUAUCUGUUAGUCAUGAUCAGACUUCUCGUAUUUUUGCACCAUGGAAAAAUGAAGCAUGCCCUGAGGAUGAAACUUCUUGGCAUGAAAUUGCUCGUCCACAAGUUCAUGGGCAUGAUAUUAAUUGUGUUACCGUGAUAUAUGGGAGUGGAAACCACAGGUUUGUUAGUGGAGCUGAUGAAAAAGUUGCUAGAGUAUUCGAAGCUCCUUCAUCAUUCUUGAAGACACUCAAGCAUGCUGUUGUCCAGAAAUUAGGCUACAGCGAGGAUAUUCAAGAAGAUGUCCUGAUCCUGGGUGCAAAUAUGUCUGCGCUCGGUCUUUCUCAGAAACCCAUAUAUGUCCAUGCUGAAGCUGCAACCAGGCCCGAUGAUAAUGCCCUGGACUCUAUGGAAACAAUUCCAGAUGCAGUGCCCACAGUUUUGACACAGCCUCCUGUUGAGGAACAGUUGGCAUGGCACACACUGUGGCCUGAAUCACACAAGCUUUAUGGUCACGGGAAUGAGCUAUUUUCUGUCUGUUGUGACCAUGCAGGCAAGCUUGUAGCCUCUUCAUGCAAGGCACAAUCAACCUCAGUUGCAGAAAUUUGGCUAUGGCAAGUUGGAUCAUGGAAAGCAGUUGGUUGUUUGCAAUGCCAUAGUUUGACAGUGACACAAUUAGAAUUUUCCCGUGAUGAUUCAUUCCUGCUUGGCUGUCUCAAAGAGAUUCGUCAAUUCUCACUGUUUUCAAUACUAAAAUCUGGAGAUGAAGUAAGCUAUCAGUUGAUUGCAAAGCAUGAGGCACACAAGAGAAUAAUAUGGGCAUGCUCAUGGAACCCCUUUGCUCAUCAAUUUGCUACUGGUUCCCGGGACAAAACUGUCAAAUUGUGGACUGUUGAAGGAACUUCUACCAUCAAGCAGCUUGCUACCUUGCCUACUUUUAAAGAUAGUAUCACUGCACUAUCCUGGGCUGGGCUUGACCGAUCUCUCAACACUGGAAUUCUGGCUGUUGGCAUGGACAGUGGACUUGUAGAGCUUUGGCGACUCUCAGGUGGAAUUGCUAAUGAAGGGUUUGAUGCUGUGAUUGCUGUGAAGUUUGAUCCUUUAUUGUGCCAUGUUUCGACUGUGAAUCGAUUGGCUUGGAGGAAUCAUGAUGAUUCUGAUGAAUCAAGGAGCUUAGAGCUUGCAUCUUGUGGGGCUGAUCAUUGUGUUAGGGUGUUCAAAGUGCCGUAUUGAUUUUAUUGAAACAAUUUCAUUUUAUGUGAUUGAACUUGGAAUGAAAUUUAUGGAAAAUUUUUGUGAUGCAUGUCUUGUAAUUUAGUUUUA